AUGGAGGCCAGCAGGAAGCUCAUUUGCAGACAAAGGCAAGUCCUUUUUUCCUUUCUCCUAUUCGGCUUCUCUCUAACGACUGCAGGGGAACUGAGGCGCUAUUCUGUGGUGGAGGAAAAGGAGGGGAGGUCCUUUGUAACCAAUUUAGUAAAAGACCUAGGUCUUGGGCAGCUGGAACUCUCCAGGAGAGGAGCUAAGGUCAUUUCUAAAGGUAACAAACUACGUUUGCAGCUGGAUCAGGAGACAGGGGAUUUGCUGUUAACUGAGAAAGUGGACCGGGAAGAACUGUGUGGGCACACAGAGCCAUGCCUGCUAAGCUUCCAAGUGUUGCUAGACAACCCCUUGGAUAUUUUCCAAGCUGAGCUAGAAGUCACAGACAUAAAUGAUCAUUCUCCAGAAUUCCUGAACAAAGAAGUCAUGCUAAAGAUAUCAGAAAGCAGUGUUCCUGGAGCUACCUUCCCUCUGAAGAAUGCUCAGGACAUGGAUGUAGGCCAAAACGGUAUUGACAGCUACCUGGUCAGUUCCAAUUCCUAUUUUCGAGUGCUCACUCGGAAACGCAGCGAUGGCAAGAAAUACCCUGAACUGGUACUAGACAGAGCACUGGAUAGAGAGGAGGAAGCUGAGCUCAGGUUAACCCUCACAGCGCAGGAUGGCGGCUCUCCACCCAGGUCUGGAACCACUGAAGUCCACAUUGAGGUCCUGGACAUCAACGACAAUGCUCCUCAAUUUGAGCAGCUCUUUUACAGGGUGCAGAUCCCUGAGGAUAGUCCGAUAGGCUUUCUGAUCAUCACUGUAAUUGCCACAGAUAGGGACAUUGGCGUCAAUGGAGAGAUCUCCUAUUCACUUUUCCAGGUUUCAGAUGAUAUUAGCAAAACAUUCUCAAUCCACCCCUUGACAGGGGAAGUGCGAUUGAAAGAACACCUUGAUUUUGAAAAGACUCAGUCCUAUGAAAUCAAUAUUGAAGCAAGAGACGCUGGGACCUUUUCUGGAAAAUGCACAAUUCUGACCCAAGUCAUGGAUGUGAACGACCACGCUCCGGAGAUUAUCCUGUCCGCAUUUACCAACUCCAUCCUUGAGAAUUUACCAGAAACUAUGGUGGCAGUUUUUAGCGUUUCUGAUCUAGAUUCAGGAGAAAAUGGGAAAAUAAGUUGUUCUAUUCAGGAAGAUUUACCCUUCUUCCUAAAGCCCUCUGGGGAAAACUUUUAUACGCUGUUAUCACAAAAACCACUGGACAGAGAGACUGUAGCAGAAUAUAACAUCACCAUCACCGUUGCAGACAUGGGGAGUCCCAUCCUGAAAACACAAGUCAACUUAACAGUGCAGGUGUCUGACGUCAACGACAAUGCCCCUGCCUUCACUCAAACCUCCUACACCAUGUUCAUCCGCGAGAACAACAGCCCCGCCCUGCACAUAGGCACCAUCAGUGCCACAGAUUCAGACUCAGGCUCCAAUGCCCUCAUCACCUACUCGCUGCUGCCACCCCACGACUCACAGCUGGCCCUCUCCUCACUAAUCUCCAUCAACGCAGACAAUGGGCAGUUGUUCGCGCUCAGGGCACUGGACUAUGAGUCCCUACAGGCCUUCGAGUUCCUCGUGGGCGCCACGGACCAAGGCUCACCCGCGCUCAGCAGCCAGGCUCUGGUGCGUGUGGUGGUGCUGGAUGACAAUGACAAUGCGCCCUUCGUGCUCUACCCACUGCAGAACGCCUCUGCACCCUACACUGAGCUGCUGCCCAGGGUGGCAGAGCCCGGCUACCUGGUCACCAAGGUAGUGGCUGUGGAUCGCGACUCUGGCCAGAACGCCUGGCUGUCAUUCCAGCUGCUCAAGGCCACGGAGCCCGGGCUGUUCAGCGUGUGGGCGCACAAUGGGGAGGUCCGCACCACUAGGCUGCUGAGCGAGCGCGAUGUGCCCAAGCACAGGCUGCUGUUGCUGGUCAAGGACAAUGGUGAUCCUCCGCGCUCUGCCAGUGUCACACUGCAUGUGCUAGUGGUGGAUGGCUUCUCUCAGCCCUACCUGCCUCUGCCAGAGGUGGCGCAUGAUCCUGCACAUGGGGACAGUGAGCUCACAUUGUACCUGGUCAUUGCCUUGGCUUCUGUGUCUUUGCUCUUCCUAGUGUCUGUGCUGCUGUUUGUAGGAGUGAGGCUGUGCAGGAGAGCCAGGGAUGUCUCUCUGGGUAGCUGCUCGGUACCUGAGGGCCAUUUUCCUGGCCACCUGGUGGAUGUUAGUGGCGCGGGGACCCUGUCCCAGAGCUACCAGUAUGAGGUGUGUCUGACGGGAGACUCUGGGACUGGUGAGUUCAAAUUUCUGAAACCAAUUUUACCUAAUUUUCAAGACCAUUCUCUCAGACCAGAAAUGGGAGAAAAUCCCAACUCUAGGAACGACUGGGAUUUUGGUAUUCAGUUAAAAUAAUUGCUUUUCAUCAUGUGUGAUGGGUUUUGUCAUGAACUCAAACUACUUUUCUUGCUGUGCCCAUUAUGAACUUUAAAAGCAUGCUUAAAGCUUGUGUUCAGGAUAUUCUGUCUCUGGUUUUAGGACAGUAUCUCAGCUUUUCUCCAGACUGGACGAUGAAUGUUCUAAUCUUGGUUUGUUUGUUUUUUUUGUUUUGUUU